UAGCAGCCAGCCGGCUUGCCAGUCGGGCUUGAGCCUGAGUGAGGCAAACACGUACGAAUGUCUCAGCCGACGCAUAUAGCUGACGUCAACCGGAAGUUUCUGGCGAGUCCACAAGAUUCUGUACACUCUCGUCCAACUCUGCUGUGUUUAUCAUGGUCGUUUGCCGGCUACACCGGUGUUGGAAUGGCGUGAAAAACAACCGGCGGUCGUAGUUUAUGUAUUGGAACAUUGAUUGUUGUUGUGUGGUGGCGUUGCCGUUGGUGCUCUAAUGGGGUGCCCAUCGCCCAUGGUCAUGGACAGGUUUUCAUUCAUUUGAGUGGUUGCGUUAUUCAAACAAGGUAAUCGGCUGGUGGGAUCUUGCGUUCACAUCGAUGGAGAAAGCAGGAAUAAUGUAGGACGCCUUUGGCUUUAUUUGGGCCGACAAUGGCAGGCUCCUUGCAAGUGCAGGUGGAGAAAUGAAAAUCUUCACGACAGUGUUAAGAAUUGCCGCCCUUCUGCUGCUUUCAAGAUUUGGCUCAUCCGUCACUGCACGGUCAGGCCCUUCUGAAAAUAUUGCAUAUUGAUGAAAAAUGGGACACUAAACUUUGCUAAGGUGCAGAUUGCAGAUCAACAAUGGUACAAAUGCCAAGCAAGGAAACCAAAUGGUCCAUCAGUAACCUCUGAAUCAGCCUUUGUCCAAGUUCAAGCUCCUGCUACUAUCAUUCAUGCGCCAACAGACCGUUUCGUACGCUGGGGGGAUGUUGUUCAUCUGGAGUGCCAGGCAGUGGGAUAUCCAGAACCGACCAUCCGCUGGUUCAAGGAUGGGGUGCUAAUAAAAGACAAGGAGACACAGAGCAUAUAUAGAAAGUCGAUGCUGUACGUUAAUGCAACAGAGCCAGCAAACUACAGCUGUGAGGCGUCCAACCAUCAUGUGCGAAACACUACUAUUGUCACUGCAUCCUGUAGAGUAUAUGUCGAACCACUCACCACAACCCCUGCCAGCACGUCGACCGUCGUUACGAAGGAGGCGGCACUGCGAGGCGUCUGCGCCGUGUACAACGGCACCGUCUGCAGAAACUACCUCGGCGGUCAGGAGGUGUUCCUCAGCUCAAUGUACGAAGAUCCUGCGCAGGUGCAGGAAAACACGACGAAAGGGCUCUGGGAGGAGUUGCUAUCAACAACAAGUGCUAAGUGUAGGGAGCCAAGUGAGAAGAUGCUUUGUCGGUAUGCCUUCCCAAACUGUGACACAUCCAAGGGCUUCCCAGUUGCAAAGCCUCUCUGCAAGGAGGAGUGUCUGCUGGUCAGGGACACACUCUGCCGCAUCGAGUGGCAGACGGUCGUCAAUAACAAGAAUAACGGAAUGUUUCUCCGCAACCGUGGUGACUUCAGAAUGCCAGACUGCGAGACGUUGCCACGCAUGCACAGUGGGAUGUGCACCAAGUUUCUAUACUGGCAUGACGAGUGGGACCGAUCGAGUAAAACAACCAAAUGCUUCCAGGAUGCUGGAGUGUUCUACAUUGGUACAGUUAAUGUGACUAAGUCAGGCAUGCCUUGCCAGAAAUGGAGUAAACAGGAGCCUAAUAUACAUAACUACUACCCAGGAGUUUACCCCAGCUUAGUAAAUGCAGAGAAUUUCUGCCGAAAUCCACUGAGUGAAACUAGCUCCCCCUGGUGCUUCACUCAAGACUCGAAACACAGAUGGGAGCACUGCAAUAUCGCACAUUGUGAUGACCCGACGGCGCUGGACAACGCUACGCUCUGGCGGGGCUCGCCCGACGGCGGCCCCCUCGACUCGAUGUCGCCGACGACGAUCGUCAUUAUCGCCUGCACUAUGGUCGGCGCCAUCGUCGCCGUCGCCAUGGUGAGCGUCGUGUGCCGCAAGCUGCAGGUGAAGUGCGCGCGCGGGCUGCGCUACCAGACGGCGGCGAUGAACGACCUUGAGAUCGACCUCGGCGGGCUGCCGUCGAACACGCAGUACCACCUCGCCGACAAGUCGACGCUCAACCCGAAGCUCGCCGACAUGGAGUUCUCGCGCAACGACAUUGUCUAUAUCCGCGACAUCGGGCAGGGCGCGUUCGGACGCGUCUUCCAGGCGAAGGCGCCGGGACUGCUGCGCGGCGUCGAAAACCUGUACGUCGCCGUGAAGGUGCUCAAGGAGGAGGCGUCGAACGACCUCCAGGCCGACUUUGAGCACGAGGCGUCGCUGAUGGCCGACUUCGAGCACCCGAACAUCAUCAAGCUGCUUGGCGUGUGCGCGGUCGGCAAGCCCAUGUGCCUGCUCUUCGAGUUCAUGAGCAAGGGCGACCUGAACGACUUCCUGCGAUGCUGCUCGCCGUACGAGCAGCGCGCGGACGGCGGGCGCGGCGCGUGCGAGCCCGCUGUGCUCGACCACCGCAACCAGCUGUACAUCGCGCAGCAGGUCGCAUCCGGCAUGGUCUACCUGUCGACGCGCAACUUCGUGCACCGCGACCUCGCGACGCGAAACUGCCUCGUCGGCGACAACCUCAUCGUGAAGCUUGCCGACUUCGGGCUGUCGCGCAAGAUCCUCACGUCGAACUACUACCAGGGCAACGAGAACGACGCGAUCCCGAUCCGUUGGAUGCCGCUCGAGGCGAUCCACUACAGCAAGUAUACCGUGCAGUCGGACGUGUGGGCGUACGGCGUCGUGCUCUGGGAGAUCUUCGCGUUCGCGCUGCAGCCGUACUACGGCAUGUCGCACGAGGAGGUGAUACGCUACAUCAAGGACGGCCGCGUGCUGACGUCGCCUCCCGACACGCCCGACGCCGCCUACGCGCUCAUGCGGCUCUGCUGGCAGUGCAAGCCGUCCGCGCGGCCCAAGUUCGCCAUCAUCUACAAGACGCUGGUGCAGAUGCAGGAGCAGAUGGCGAAGCGGCAGAACACGAAGCGGCAUCGGUUGCCGUAGUUGCCGGGGAGAGUGCCGCUGACCGUACUGCUGGUGCUGCUGUUGGUGCUGCUGCUGCUACUGCCAAUGCUUUAAGACUUGUUUUUGCGACUAGCGAUCUAUGGCGAUCUCUUCCGUGCAACUGGACUCGUUUCACAUAUCCACGAGUGUGUGGUGUUUUGUACGAUGUCAUGUAAUUUUGUCGUCGUCUAGCCUUGCUUCUCCAUUCCGGAUACAUUUCAAGCAGGAUGGGCUAAAGUCCGUGUCACGUGUUUGGUAUCAGAUGGCAUAGCCACGUCGUGUAGUAAUGUGUGUAUCGUGUAAAUCGUUGUGUUAGCGUAGAGGUGUAGUUAGCGCUUUAAAAUAGAGCAAUGCUCAGCAGCUCAUUUUUUGUCAGUAACACAGCAUUCCACUAGCCUACGUCGUUCGAUCAGUAUUGGUUAAGGCGCAUGGAAAUGUUUGACGACGUGUAAAUUCCAAGUCCAACUAGCCGCCGUGUGUUUCAAAAAUAUUCCAGCAGAUUUUUUUUAAUGUUUUAGUUUCUGAUUUGCUCAGCAUUUAAACUGUCAUAUCACUUUUCGUGUUGUCAUAAUAUGAAUGUAUUUUGUAUCUAUUUUUCCAAUGGUGCCAUUUUUAGUGCAUCACAAGCCAAUGCUUAGUGUUAAGUGGAUAUAGUUGUUAGUAUUUUCCAGUGUUCAGUCGAGGUUGAUGGAAAUGCUAGCUAGUGCCAUUUAGUUGAUUCUUCACAGAGGUCUCCGCUUCACGUUAAAGCUAUUACCUUAUCAUAAUAGCUGUAGAGUUGUGUGCACGUUCUAGCCAAUUCUAACUGGUUUGAGGGUUCCAUAAAACGUAUUUGUCCUUUAGUUGCGCACGUAGUAUCUAGUAACUAGGAAGGUACAACCGACAGGGUUUUACGUUAGAUGUGGUUCUCUCUCAUUGUCUGUAGGAGUUGUGAUGGGAUUUUCGUACGGCUGUGUACGCUAUAUAAAACUAGUGGAAUUGCGUAUUCUUGGUGCAUUUUUUACGCAGUGGUAUUUUUUUUAUUUUUUUUUAUUUUUAUACGCUGCUCCAGGAAUGUAAGUGCUAGUGGUUUUUGUUAUUUUGGUAUCAGGUCCUGCUUCGGAAUUUUUAGAAGCCUCACUGACGGUGUAUGGCUUGAAACUCUGAAAUCUCUCUAUUGCAAAUUAUGUUGCAAUUUUUCGAGCCAAAAAGACAAUAAAAAUUAUAGAAAUGGUCUAUAGUUAUAUCUACAUAAAUUCGCCCCGUACAAUUGUCAGCACAGGAUUAGUUGUUCCCGGCGACAGUAUAUCUCAGACCACGUGUAAACUUUUGCACAAUGAAACCCAGAAAUAAGACUGAGUUUAUAAUUUAUUAUACAUAAAAUCUAUGGCCAGUGUAUAUCAGAGGUAUUUAUUCCAUUUGCACAGAUGGCAGCUGAUGUUACAGAAUAACACACACUCCUUUUUGGAAUUGCUUGACUGCUUUAAUUCUGCAAAAACUUGAAAAAGUUAACGUGCCAGACAUUAGGUGGAAGUACAAGGUAUACACAUAGUAAAGCAAGGUUGUGAUAAAUUCUGUUAAGAAGUUCUGUUUAAGGUAAUCGAAAAUGUUGUGACGUUUUGGCCUACCGCCCCUACCCCCGGCCUCCCGAAAAUGUGUAUAUUGGCUAUAAACGUGUUGCGUUGUUGCGUGUGUUGUCUAACGUACAAAAUAUCAUCUGCAAAUUUUUGCUGUGAGUUUUAGGCAUUUAUUGUCAAUGAUCCAAAUUCCUCCGUUGACUUCUAACAGCAUAACUUUGUCUAAUUUUUUCCUUUGGAUCUGUGCGCUGGCUUUCAUUAUGGCGCACGGAUCCACCAUGUUAUCUUUUCUUUUCCCUCUGCUGCGCGCACUUCUCUUCUAUGCGCGGCCAGUGCUCCAUAUUUGGCCAUCUUCCAUAUCAUUUUAGUUACACUUGCAUCACUUCCACUGGUUCCCUUUUAGUUAUUUUAAUGUGAAGUUACGGAUUAGUUAGUAAUACCCAACAGCAUAUUGCGUUCCUGUGGCAAAUAAGCAGGGCGGGUAGAUAUCCCAUUUAGACGGGUUUGUAGUGUGGAUUGCUUAAGCAGGCAUCAGUAUGGCUGUACCAUGCAAGUUAAACACAGAAACGACUCAAUAUAUUAGUUUUUGUUGUAAAUCUGCUCUAAAGUAACUUCUUGGCUUUCUUAGCGUUACGUGUCAAUAUCGACUGCAAUAUCACUAGUGACCACAGAGAUUAUUGUAUAUAUUUAUAUGGCCUGGUGGACAUUUGUAUACGUAGUUGCAUAGACACUCGUUUGUUUCUCAGAGCAUAUCUUCCCCCCCCCCACUUUUCCUAGAAAUCACAAUAUAAUGACGAUUUUUGUGGCUACUCUUGAGAUUAUCAUUGUACAUACGUAUGUAGCCCGAAUCUACAAUGCAUGUCAGAUAUUUCGUUAGUUUCUGUUUGGAGUUUUUGUGAGUCUCUGAAAUAUACAUCUGUUAAACUGUUUGUGUUAAAGCUUUUUAGGCUGCCCCAGAUGCCAGAUUUAAGAGGCGUAUUCCUUGCAAUCCAGUAUUAUGGACCUUUGUUACGACCUCGUGGCAUUCUGUUUAUUUUGAGUUGAUGUUUACAUCCAGUUAUCGAUAUUAUUUUUCCGUCCUUUUGGGGUCUGAAAUUUGUUUUAAUAGCUAUUAUCUCAAUACGGUUUUUAUAUCUUUCUCUGGUAAGGUCUUGUAUUUGAUAAGAACAGGUUAGGCAUUGGGUUUUUAUAAACUUCUUCCAAAGUUACGUCUCAUGUUUGGUGCAACUGCUUCUAUGCAAAUCCCUGCAUCCACGCUGUGGAACUGCUGUAAAUAAAUCAUUGCCACGUUUAUGUGUUAGUAGCAGAUCUUGCGGAAUUGAAGCCAUGAUUUGUGAGUAGUCAUAGCUGUUAGUGUGGUUCUGUGAAUUAGCUUCGUACUGUCAUUGUUGUUGUUGCUAUGUGGGACCAAAUCACAAUUGUCUGGUUAGUUAGUUAGUAAGCGUGUAAUAACAGUUUUAGUCAUAGAGUGAUAUUGUCACGUGGGAGUUUUUCCGAUAGAAGAUGUGGUAUCCCACCACACACAACGCGACUAUCACCUGCACGUGUUUUGCACUUUGAUACCAUUUAACACUUGAAGAUGAGGUUUGCUAGUGUAGUCUGUUCAAACGCAAUAUUGGUGCUGUCUUUGUAUAUUUGAUAUCGGAGACACUUGUUCGCAUGUCGUUCACGUGUUCACAAUUUUGCAGCAAGUCAUUCUGUUUCCAUCGCACAUCUCAGGUGGGAAAUCUAUUUUGGAGUAAUUUGUGUAUUUCCCAAGAAAGAUCGAUUUUGUACAGAGAUUAUCUAACUUGCUAUAGAUUAUAGUUCUGCCACUGUAGUUGCUUAGUAAAUAACCAUUAUAUUCUCAUAAUCAAUUGUAAUCUCGCAAUGGUUUCAUUGGCAAACUAUAUUAAUUGUUUAGAAAGGUGACCUGGCCUUGGGAAGAGUGGGUUUAAACGGUCAGCGACUUAGUUGCUCGUGUGACCAGUGUGAUAGUGUCUCUGCUUGGUAUGUGAGCUGUUUGGUGACGGCAUUGACUUAGAUAAAGACAAUGCGUAAUUUGGUAAUGAGUACUAACGAGUCGUUGUGCCGUAGUGCCACUAUCACAUGUAGCGGCAGCGUGUUCCCAUACGUCAGGUAUCACAUUUGUUCGGCAAUUUAGUAAUUGGCAUUUGACUGCAUACGUGUAAUUGCAAUGAGAUCUAAUGGGCAAUCAAUUUAGAUGUAUGUUGUGAGAGCGGACCUAAGGCAGCAGGGUUUUUUUUGUAAAUUUUGUACAGUUUCCUUGAGAUCAUCAGCAUGUCGUCAUUCCCGAGUUGUACAGAAUGUAAAAGUGCUUGCCAUUCAGUUAAGAAGCAUAAUAAAAAAUUAUUUCCAGAAAA